AUGCGCGGUAGUCAAUUGAUAUACGAUGGGCUCUGGCGCUGCCUAUGCCCGGCUGUGGAUGGCCCAGCUUUGCGCCGCGCUGUGUGUUUGCGUACGCCGUUGAUGGCUCAACCCUCACGACCGACUACGAGUUGUACACGGUUUACACAGACGAGACAUAUAUCGGCUGCGAGACUAAGAGAACUCGCCGAAGCAAAACUACGUGCACCUCCGCAUAUCGAGCACGAGAUUCCCCGGGCGGCAAGGCUCCUGACACCCAAACCACCUACCAAAGAGACACUUCGCGAUGCAUCCGUGGAGGAAAUCUUUGCUGCGCUGGUAACCAUUCGAGAUCCUCGGGGAUGGACCUUCCACGGGCAAGAAGUCGACCGCCACGACCGAAUAGUUCUGCUUGUCAAGCAUCUCCUGUCCUCGCGGGGCCGGACACCCAACCCCUUUUUGUACGAGUGCAUGAUGGACGCCAUGGUCUACCCCCAAGGAUCCGUCAAGGGCAUCCGCAAGCUCAUCGACGACAUGGCCUCUCAAAACCUGAAGCUCACGGCGACCAUGUGUCAAAGUGCGCUGGCCGCCCUAGCAAAUCACCCGGACUACACGCUGCGGCAGGAGAUUCUGGACACGAUGCAAGAUUUCUGGUUCACAGUCGACACAACAGCGCAGCAGAAGGUUGUUCUGGGGCUCCUACGCGAUGAACAGUAUGAACUGGCGUACACUCGUCUCACGCAGAUGAUUGAGAAGAAGGCGGUGAUCCCCACGUGGGUAUUUGACAUAUUCAUCAUGGUUUUUGGCAAAGUCGGUUUUGUGGAUGAAAUGAUGCUGCUUCUGUACCGACGGAAGACCAUACGGAGCGACGAUGACGCUCUUUCCAGCAUUCUCUACUACGUACUCGAUGUGUGCAGCUCAUCAUUCCACCUCCCCGGCACACUAUUCGCCUGGAACAGCGUGGUCAGAAACUCGCUCCUCCAGCCCGCAGACGGGAUCGUGGAAAACGUCCUCGCAACAGCAGCGCGACACGGGGACGCAUCUCUCGCCACAGAAGCGCUGGAUAUGCUCUCACAGCGCACACGCGUGCAGGCGUACCACUACGAAGCGGUAUCCGAGGCCUUCACCGCAACAGGAGACAUGACAGGCGCGUUUCGAACGCUCUGUAUCAUGGAGAAGAACGGCAUGCGGAUCGGCCGGCGCAACACGCGAGCGGUGUACGAAGCGCUCCGACGGCACUCCCAGCUCAUUGGCGAUGCGGAGAGGGCAGUCCGCUCCAUGGCGCAGGAGGAGGAGGGACUUCCCGUGGCAGUGGUCGGCGUGGUAAUUGAGGCGAUUGCCGAGACGCAGGGCUCCGAGGCGGCUAUGGACCUGUACCGUGAUGUUGGGGCCCUUUGUGGCGGCGAGCACGUCAACGCGACGGUGAUGCAGACUCUCCUUAUAAACAGUUACGAUAAGACUACACUUGCGAUCGUGAAAGACUACUCUACACAGAUUGCGGAGGGUGAUGAUCCCGUGAGGGAGGCGCAGGUGUAUGGGACGCUGGUGACGAAGUGCGCUGAAGCAGGGGCGCUGGAUCUGGCGUUUCGGUUUGCGAAUCAGCUGCUUGGGAUGGGGGGUGCACGAGGGGAUGGUGAUUUGAAUUGGGUGAAGGUGUUGGUGAGCAAGGCGGCGGAGAGGGAGGAUAAGAGGAUAUGGGGGGUUGUGGAUGAGUUGAGGAAGGAUGAGGAGAUGGGGGCUUUGGUGGGGAGGGUGUUGAGACAGAUGAGGAUAACGAGGAGGGCUAGUUUGAGGGUGUGA